CUGGAAUUUUUGUUUCGAAUGAUAAUAUUCUAUAAGGAAAAAAAUGGAAAAAUUCUACAAAAAAGAAUAUUCAAAAACAGCAAAAGUAAAAAGUAGAAUUGAAAUUAUUCAAAACCAGAUUAAUUCUAAUAAAGGGAAUACUUUAGAAAAACGAAACGAUACGAAUAUUGAAGAACGGCACGUGAAAGAAGCAAAAAAAGCAAAAUAUGUGAUCGAUGAUCCUUUAGAAAUCAGCGAUAUAAAGGAUCCGAAAUGGGAGAUGAUGAAAUCUCUUAAUACGGAUGACGAACGUUACAGAGCAGUUAAAGCUUGCUGGGGUUCGAAAAGCCUACCUAAUCCUAACAGGGAUUUAACUUUACACAAUUAUAGAUUACGUAAGAUGAAGAAGGAAGGUUACAAAGAAUCAGCAAACGAUGCGAGAAAAGGAAAACGAACGGCUACUAGCGAACCGGUGGACAUCAUCGAUAGCAAACGUCGCAAAGUAGAAACAGCCUUCUGUACAGUGGUUCUCGAUCGGGAGAUCGAUAAAGAACAUCAGCUGUACAAAAAAAGACACGAUCAAGAAAAGCAGAAAUAUUUCAGCGACGUACAAAAGAUCAAGCACGAAAUCUGCAAAAGAAAACAAUUACUCGAACAAGAAUAUUUGCAGAAGAUUGAGAAAACUAAAUCGUCAUCUAGUAUUUAUAAUCCUCUUAGUAAGAGAGUGAGAGAAUGGAAGACUUCUAAAGAAGUAAUGUUGAGAAAUAAAGAAAGUCGGGAAAUUGGGAUUGCGAAAAGACGUUUCGCUGAUGCUAACAAGAAACUAGAAGAUAAUUACAAUGUGACUUUAAAUAAACUUAAUAAAGCUAGAGAGGAAGUACUCAAAUUCAAUCAGUUUUACUGUGGAUCGAGUAAGUUAAACCCGGUACUAGAAGGUAAAAGACUGGAAGACGUUAGAAUGAUCGAAGAAACAUUUAACGCCUUCGAUAAAGUUUAUGGACAUGCUCCUGAAUAA